GAAAGCAAGCCAACCACCCCAUAGUGUUGCCGUCGCCUUCACGAGUCCUUCAAUUCUGGCCUUCCCUUUCUCCUUCCUCUUCCCAUGCAUCCCUCCUUGGUUUCUGCGUUCCUCCUUUGACUUCCUUCUUCCUCCUUCACUCUCUUCUUCUUCUUCUUCGUCUUCUUCGUCAAUGUCCACCUCUACUCAGUCUGCUGACUCACCCACCAACCCUCUGGCCCAAAUGCUUCAGAGCAUCUUCUCCGACAACAGCAACAUCAUGCUCGCCGCCAUCAUUUCCCUCCUCCUCGUCAUCCUCUUCGUCCUCCUACUCCAUCUCUACGCCAAAUGGUUCCUAGCCCACGCUCAUGCCCAGCCCCAAGCCCGCCGCCGCCGCCGCAGGCGUCGCCCAGCCUCCGUCACCGUCUCCGACGUUAUCGGUCCCGCCCGCUUUCACCAUUUCCGCAGCUUCAAUCUUCAAGACUCCCCCAUUUCCAAUCCCCCCACCAAAAGGCUGGAUUCCGAGUCCAUUGCCGCGAUUCCUGUAUUCGUCUACGAAGCAGAGACGGUGAAGGAGAGUGAUGACCGAGAGUUGGAAUGCGUGAUUUGCUUGGGCGUCUUUAGAAAUGGAGAAACCGGCAGGAGCUUGCCCAAGUGUGGCCAUGCUUUUCAUGUGGAGUGUAUCGAUAUGUGGUUGAGUUCGCAUUCGAAUUGCCCAAUCUGCAGGGCUCCGAUCGUGGAGCAUGACUCUCAAUCGGGUUCUAUUCCUGAGGAUGAUUCCUCUGCUGUGCUUGAGAUUGUGAUCGAUUCUGCCGGUUCUGAGAUCAGCGAGAAUGACCGUGGGACUGAGAGUAGUACUAAUAAUGAUAAUGAUAAUGGUGGGGCAAGUGACUCGGUUAUUUCUGUAUCAGAAACUUCAUCCUCAGUGUUGGGUUGUUCUUUGAAGAGGAUGCUCAGUAAAGUUUUUCCUUCUUCCAAUGCCAGUGAGUUAAACACAUGAGCACCUAGCUGCUUCUGUACAGAUUACUGUGGUUGUAUUUUGCUUCUUGGUAUAUGAUAUUGAUCUUUCAAGAUAUCAAUUUUCUGAUGUUUUAGAUUUUAUCAGUUGCCUAAGAAUUCAUAUACCCUCAUACUCAAACAAAAUGCAGGAGAAAUUGAUACAUCUCGUUCGAAAUCUAAAUGACAUAAGCAAUGGUCAAUUCUAACUGCUGUCUGGCCUGGGCCCUUUUCAUAUUGGUUCUGAGUUGGCUGGUCCUGGCUUUUCUUAAAUCUUAUUGCAUAGCAUUAAAUCUAUACCACCUGGCUCCACUGCUUCAUGUAUCAAUCUCUUUUAGCAUCAAAAUUUACUGCAUCAGCAGCACGCAUGAUUUCCAAG